AUGUCUGCAAUUGUGGGUUGUUUCAACCGGCGUGCACAGAACCUGCUACAAGUUCAUUUAUCUUCGGGUUUCAGAAAGUAUUUUACAUGGAUUAAGAGAAAACUUGUGAAAGGAAAUCACGUUGCUAUGGUUGAAGAAGGCAAAAAAGGUUUACUACAUAUCUUUGCAGGUUAUGCGGUUGGAGGAGGACAUGUAUUGCAUAUGGUUUGUGAUUUAACAAUAGCUGCUGACAAUGCCGUUUUUGGCCAGACAGGUCCAAAGGUUGGAAGUCUUGACGCAGGUUAUGGAAGUUCCAUCAUGUCUCGUUUGGUCGGGCCGAAAAAAGCACGUGAAAUGUGGUUUCUAGCUCGAUUUUAUAAUGCUUCUGAAGCAGAGAAGAUGGGGCUAGUGAACGUCGUAGUACCGGAUACUACUAUGGAUGUAGGGUGGCAGCAGUCAACCUCGUCGGCAAUACAAGCCGAAGGAAUGUCUCGCUUCACUGUUGUCUAG